UAUUGUCGUUUCGGGGUCGAUGGGUGUCGUUAAACGUUUAAAAAAUAAUAAUUCAGAUCAUUCGUUUCUAUAACACAGUGAGAGACAGUUCACUUUUUAUUUAGAUCUCUUUGGUGUUAAAAAAAUGAUACAAUUUUACUUGUUGGGUGUUACAGUUGUUUUGAGUGGUGUUAAUGGUUUUGUAAGUAAUAAGACAGUGGAAGGUUACCCCCAUGGAUUUAUCCCUGAUUGUCCCGGAUCGAUGAAACCAGCUAUAAUAUCAAAACAGAACCUUAAAUUCAUUGAAAUAUAUAUAUCCGGAGUAAAAGUUCCUAUCGGCAAAAGGAACAAAUACACAUACGAUACAAUGGCUGACAUGGCGAACGACCCCACAAUGGAUUACAGUAAACGAACCCUCUUUUACGUGGGGGGUUACAUGGACACUAUAAACUACCCUCUAGGGAAGACAAUAGAGAUAUAUUAUAAGAAAAGAGGUUAUAACGUAUGGAUUCUGGACUCUUUACGAUUCAUGGUGUUGGAAUAUCCUGUGGCCGUGAGAUUCAUGCGAACCCUUGCAAGACAUGUUGCUGAAAUGAUAGUGGCAGUAACUCAAGCCAAUGUUGGAUUUGACCCAAAGAAAUUUGACCUAACUGGCUUCAGUCUCGGAGCCCAAACUAUGAGCUACAUCGCCAAAUUCUACAGAGAUAUGACUGGCGUCAAAUUCAGUCGAGUCACAGCUUUGGACCCUUCAGGACUCUGCUUCAGAAAUAGAGGACCUGAUGAGAGGGUAGAUAUAGAAGAUGCUGAUCGCGUCGAUACUAUCAUGACUAAUAUUGAUAAUUGGGGAUCACCAGCUCCUGUAGGACAUGUUAAUUUUUAUAUCAACGGCGGCGAGAAGCAACCAGGACAAGUACAGUGGACUAAAUGCGAUGUCGGUUGCUGUCAUUUCAGAGCAUAUUUCUUAAAUAUAGCAGCGUUGGAAAAUGAUGAUAAAUUCAUUGGUGUUAAAUGCAAUAGCGUGCAAGAAGCAAGAGAGAACAGAUGCUAUGACAACCAACCAUUGGAAACUAAUGUUAUUGGAUUUAAUACAAAUUUUAGUAAACCUGGCAUUUACUAUGUGCCGACAACUAAUAUGUUUCCGUAUUAUCUUGGCAAAAAAGGAUUGAAGAAAGGAAAUGAUGCUUUCUCUGUAUUUUUAAGAGAAGCGAAUAAAGAUGAUGUUUUAUACUUAUAAUAAUUAUAAAUAAUAGAGAACUGA